GUGGCGCCAGCGGCCGCGUCUUCGGUCCGCAGCUGCAUCAUCCAGCAGGGAAAGGCAUCCAGAAUAAAGCAUCUGUGAUCCGACAAAUCCACGCCAUUCGCUGCUCCGAGCUGGAAAACUGUCUUCCUUUCAUACACCUGCGCCAGUGUUUCUCCGCUGCAGUCGAGCAAAGCCAGGCUUCUGGUGAAAUCCUCGCAGGAUCUGCAUGCAGACAGUGGGGAGGUGAUGAAUCUGGCAGGCGUGGUCGUGGGCUGGUCCAGCCUGCCAUAAACGUCAAAAACAGAGGGAUGCGGAGGUCUAGGAAAACACAGACCCAAACCACCACCGUUCACACUGGGAAAACGAGCCUAAUAAUCGAUCGCUAGGUUUUGACACAUUGCGUUGCAUUGCAGAUUCACAGGGCGUCUGUGCGCGCAAAGGACAAAGAGGAGAGGAUGUUGUAAGCCGUAUCGCCUGGUCCUGCUUUGCCUAUCCUUUUCUUUUUCUCUGUUUUCUUUCUAUCCCCUUCUCCUCUGUCGCACGCUGGGAAGAAGAAGAUGAGUAGAAGUCCCACUCCUAAAGGGACUCCGGUCCAGCACAGUCCUGUAGACGGAGAGUGUCUGGAGGGAGAAAUGAUCCAGUCUCCGCAGCAGUCCACGCCGUCCAGCGGCCUCAAGAAACGCGUCUCCAGUCUCCUGCAAAGCCCUUCCUUCAGAGAGGAGCUGGAUGUGUUGAUUCAGGAGCAGAUGAAUAAAGGAGGAAGCUCCUCCAAUCUGUGGGCUCUCAGACAGAUCGCAGACUUCAUGGCCACUCACGGAUCCCCGGCCUCGCUGCCCGUCUCUCAGUCCACCGUCAGUAUGGUGACCCCCAUUAACGAUCUGCACGGAUGGGACCCGGGCUCCAUGGUGAAGGGCGAGAGACUGAUGCGCUGCAAGCUGGCCAGUGUUCACCGUCUGCUGGAUCUGUACGGCUGGACACAGCUGCCCAACACCUGCCUCACAAUGCGUGUUAGUAAAGAACAGGAACAUUUCCUCGUGCUGCCGGACGGUUUGUCCUACGGAGAGGCGACCGCCUCCAAUCUGGUGAAGGUGAAUAUUCUGGGGGAGGUUGUGGAGAAAGGCAGCACUGCUCUGGGAGUGGAUCUGUCUGCGUUUGGUCUGCAUUCUGCCAUCUAUUCAGCUCGACCGGACAUCCGCUGCCUCCUGCACCUCCACACUCCAGCCACGGCUGCGGUAUCAGCCAUGAAAUGUGGCCUUCUGCCGCUAUCCCAUGAGGCUUUGCUGGUGGGCGAUGUAGCUUAUUAUGACUAUAAUGGAGUGAUGGAGGAUGAAGAGGACAGAGUGGAGCUCCAGAAGAGCCUCGGCCCUACAUGCAAGGUGCUGGUUUUGAGGAACCAUGGAAUCGUGGCACUGGGAGAGUCAGUGGAGGAGGCCUUUUACACAAUCUACCACAUCCAGACCGCCUGCCAAACACAGGUGGCAGCGCUGUGCAGUGCCGGAGGAGAACAGAACCUGAUCCUGCUGGACCGCAGCGUUCACCGACCCGUCCCCACUGGCACCGUGGGCUGGGCCGGAUCCACCUUUGGCCCCAUGCACAAGAGCAGGCUGGGAGAACACGAGUUCGAAGCAUUGAUGAGGACGCUGGACAAUCUGGGUUACCGUACAGGUUACGCCUACCGUUUCCCAGUGCUGCUGGAGCGCUCCAGAACCAGGAGAGAGGUGGAGGUUCCUGCCACCGUCACCUCAUUCUCCUUUCAUGAGGAUGGAGUUCAUCCUCACCCUCGUCUCCAUCCUCACGCCCAGAGACAGCAGCAGAAGACCAGGUGGCUAAACACACCAAACGUCUAUCAGAAGGUCAGCCAGGACCAGGCCAGUCCGGGACAUCGCACUACGUGGCAGAAGGCCGAGGAAAUCAUGCAGGGCAGUGGACGGGCCAUUAAGAUAGAGAAUCCAAACCAGUUUGUCCCUCUGUUCACCAACCCACAGGAGGUGCUUGAGACUAGAAAUAAGUUGGAUGUUUUUUCCAGUGGAAUGUUUAAGUUUGGGAGAACAGAUACGGGAGCAGAAUCGUCAGGACAUGAAAACAGCCGGACCUCAGUCUCAGGUGUUAGCCAGCGUCAUCACAGACAACAGUCCACCGACUCCAGAGGCUGUGGAGCCUCCAUCCGCUCCGGAGCCGGAGACUCCGAACCCCUUCAAUGAACUGACGGAUCAGGAGCUGGACGAAUACCGCAAGGAGGUGCAGCGCAAGCAGGACGGUACGAGAUGACAGAGUCUUAACAAGAGUAGAUUCAUCUUUUUGUAAGCCAUUGGUUUCUGGCUUAAGUAUUGAUGUUUUAUUGAUUCUCCCACUGGAUUAAAGAAGAGAAUUCAAUAAACACCCCCUGACUGUCUUAUACAGUGCAUACAAAUAUUGAUUGGACGUCACUUUGCUACUAAAUACCAUAGCUUUACUUUUUUAUUUUUAUUAUCUACUCCUAAAAAUAAGGGUUUGGAAAAAUAUAUAUUUUAAUUGUGGAAAUACAGAAUGCAUGUAUUUAAUACUUGGAAGUGUGCCUUAAAAAUAAAUGAAUUAAAGUUUAAUUGAAUUUCAGUAUCUUUCCAGAAACUGCUAAUUUGAGGUUUUGUGUCCCGACAUCAUUUCUUCACGGAUCAGCACUGAUUUUUCUCCAGUGUCCUGUGUUUCUGAACCUCACACACACACACACACACACACACACACACACACACACACACACACACACACACACACACACACACACACACUAAAGCUACUGCCACUGUUGGGGAAUUUUCUCGAACUAAUACAUUGUAUGGCUCAAAAUUAUCCAUUUUUCUUUUAUGCCAAAAAUCAUUAGGAUAUUAAGUAAAGAUCAUGUUCCAUGAAGAUAUUUUGUAAAUUUCCUACCGUAAAUAUAUCAAAACUUAGUUUUUGAUUAGUACAUGCAUUGCUAAGAACUUCAUUUUCUCAAUAUUUAGAUUUUUUUGCUCCCUCAGAUUCCAGAUUUUCAAAUAGUUGUUUCUCGACCAAAUAUUUUCUGAUCCUAACAAACCAUACAUCAAUGGAAAGAUUAUUUAUUCAGAUUUAUGUAUAUAUCUCAAUUUAAAAAAACUGUCCCUUAUGACUGGUUUUGUGCUCCAGGCUCAUAUUUGUGAUCAUUAUCAGUGUUAAAAACCAUGAUACAUUUUAAUAUCAGGGUUCAUUGUUCAUAAAAGUUCAAAAGAACAGCAUUUAUUAGAAAAAUAAACAACAACUGUCAAUUAAUGUUUCCUUGUUGAAUAAAAGUCUUCAUUAAAACAAACUAACAAAAGAUCUUACUGACCUCAAACUUUUGAUGUUUUUGUUUUUUCAGUAUUUUUCUAGUACAAAAACAAUGAUGAACUCUAAUUACAUAUUAAACACAAGCUUACACUUAUAGUAUUAAAAAAGAAGCACUGAAUAAAAACCGUGAAGCAAAAUUUAACUAAAGGUUUUAUAUUAAUGUUGAAUAUAAAUGACAUGCAGUAAUGACUUAAAUGGAAAAAAUGAACUUGUUACUGCUUUUGAAAUCAGCUGAGCUUAAGUUCAUCAUUGUUUUUGUACAAGAAAAAUACUGCCAGAAAAAAAAAAAACACAUAUACUGUAAAAAG